ACAGUGGACUGGACAACGAUGCUAUACUCUCCGGACCACCUCUCUUCCCUCCUCCACCGGCCAAUCUUGUCCCCGCUCUCACUCCGUCUGCAUCUGCAUCUACAACGUCUUCUGCUACGUCUGCAAUUUCACGGCCAAUGGCGAUGUCUCCAUCUGCCACUACAUCUACAUCGGCUUACUCGUCCCGUGGCACCCUUCUCACGAGUCCUGAUUCCAGUCCAUGGAGUAGAAGACCCUCCCUUCCUUUAAGUCUUGAUACGCCGAGCCCUACAAGUACGUAUGCGGAUGACGUCCAUUCGGAAUUCGAGUAUGAAGUCAUAUACAAUCGGGAUGAGAGCGAUCCUGGUCUUUUUGAAUCGCCCAGAGCCCCACCUUCUGUACCGUCGAAUGCACUGCUGCAGGCUUUUGGCCCUCGUUCUAGUGUUAGCUUGCCAUCAUCCUUCAGGCGUUCCUUAUCCCCAAGGAAGCCAGCGAGCAAACUGUCCAAGUUGAGCGUUCAGGCAGGUUUGGAAGACCAGGUUCCGACGCCUGUAGAGUCUAUCACAGGGUCUGAAUCGUCAUCUUUCGGAUCCCCUAUGAAGCCUUUUCUGACGUUUUCCAAUUCUCCCAAGCGCAACUCUAACACAAAGUCUCCUAAGCCGAGUAUCGCUCGACGAGCCGUCUCUGUUCUUCUGUCCCCUCGGGAGGACUCCAAGAAAAAGAAAGGCUCGCCUGCUCCACCUGUACCGUCCGUUCGCGUCCAAGGGACUGAAACAGAUGUGUCAUCGAGUGAUUGGGAUCCGUUCUCCGCUUCCUCCGCCACUCCAUCUGUGCGCUCCGGGAUAUCAGGACAGUUGAGAGGAAGUGAAGAUAUUGGCUUUGGUAGUGACACUGGCUAUGGUCCCGGACUUGAAGGAACGACGCCUAAGCCCAUAUCACCCCUCUCAGAUACCGCCCCUCCUGCGAUUGGCUCGAAAGGCGUGUCUUCAACACCUUUGGGCUCUAGGAGGAGCUUCCAUUCGCUUUGGCAUUCGAAGAGCAGUCGGUCGUUGAAGGAUAAGUCCAAGGAAAAGGGGAAGGAGGGACCUGGCGCUGCUCUGAUCGUACAGUCUGACCAGGAGUCUUCACGUGUGACGGCCGUCGCAAGUGCUGUCGGUUCUGGUACGGAUGGGGAAAGAGGGUCCGUGGGAAGACGCAGAGCGAGGAGCGUUGGACCGACGAACACAGCUGUCCCCGCUGAGGCGGUCAGGGAACGGUCGGGUACUGUUCCCGUGCCUGAGCUACCGUCGAACGCACGCAUGUUGACGAAGGAGAAGGAUGGCGCGUACGGCGGUGGUUUCGCGUGGCAAAUGGGACCUUCUGGACCCGAAGCUGGGAAAUCAUUCUUUGACGCCUUCGAGAAUGAUAAUCAGGGGAAACUUCCUUCAGUGGAAUUGCCCGGUCCUCCACCUGUCGGACCUGCGUUCCGGUCCGUUUCCAACCUUGGUGGUCCGUCGUCUGCUUCGAAAUCAACGUCGUCGCCUGUUGCGAGUCUUUAUCAGUUGACGCCAUCGUUACCCUCUCCCACUCAUAGUUUACAACGGGCAUCUUUUAAAACUCCAAAGUCUGCUUCCUCGACUUUUCUAUCUGGGGCGUCUUCGCUGAAAUCCUCGUUGGAACUAAAUGGUCCCCCGCCUUCCGCUAGUUCCGCCGUUACCACUUUCUCAUUUGCUCAGCGCUCUUUGAGAACUAGGGAAUCGUACCAGUCCCUUCUUCUUCGCGAUGCUAUGCUUUCCAUUCAGCAGCAGCAGCAGCAGCAACAAGCAGAGGAGCAGAUUGCGACAGCGUCGCCUUCGACUACAAACUCUCGUCCUGCCGGCCCCCAAAUGCAGCGUAAAGGGAGUACAGCGAGUACAGCGAGUACAGCGAGCACAGCGAGUUUGUCUAGUUUGCGGUCUUCACUUUCCAGGAAGCGGUCCGUUCCUGAGCUGGAUGGAGUUUGGAAGGGGUUUUUGAUGGAAAUUAAAGAGGAUCUGGAUUUGGUAGGGAUCACGGAAGAUCAGCAGAAGACUUCGAAGGAAGCAGCAAGGAUAAGGGAGUCGAGAAGGCCCGGUGGGCUAUCUCCGAAUGGUGCUUUACCCACUGUUCCAAAUAAGGAUGUGCAUUCACAAGGGCCCGGAGCCGGAGUUCGUGUUCAUGUGGAAUCUUCGUCACCUCCGCAUUCGGUGUUGAGUUUUAGGCCACUUCCUCUGCCCCCUGUCGCCACGAACGGCGAGCGGACGCCACUUGUGAUAGCGUUGGAGGAGAUUACGCAGCGUCCGAGACCUUCAUCAACGUGUACAACCUCUUCCUCUCAGACGUUGACAGCCGGGAAUUUCGCGAAGAUGGAGAUGAGGCGUGUUCCUGCUCCUCUUAACUUGAGCGCAACUUCAUCCAAUGGGUUGAAUUUCGGAGAGGAUGAUGUGGUGGUCUAUGGGAGUGGGGGGACAGUCAACAAUAGCGUUAUGUCUGACCCUAGGAGGAAUACCUCGAGAGUUGACAGUAUCUUUUCACUAUCCCAGUUCCCAGUUCCCCCUUCUUUCAUCCAUCCUCCUAAAUCUCCCUUUAAGUUGUCUACUACCGAUUGUAGUACACACCCCCAAGUUGUUGGUGAUCAGGUAUUUCCCUCACCUCCACCUUCUGCCGCCUCUAGCUAUAGCUUUGUUAUCCCUAACUAUCCGUACCAAAGUUCACUCGCUCCUCUGUCUGCCAAAUCUUCUACUUCCAUGAAGUAUUAUCACUCUCGCUCGACUUCCUCAGCAUCUUCCUCAUAUUCUACCGCGGAGAGCUCGUUUAGCUCCGAAUCUGCUUGUCGUUCGAGCCUGGCUACUACUGCUUCGAAAGAACUACCCUCCCCUUCAUCUCGGUGUUAUCCCAAUGUGGAUAAUUCUCCUGCUACUCCUAGCGUGCCACCUUCAACUACUGAGAUCACGUCCCCACCGUCUCCUCCGCUUACAUUUGAUGCGAACGAAGAAGAACGGCUAUUAGAUCUCGAACUUCCCAAGACUCCACGUGUGCGUCAUAGUACUCCUGCGUCUGCCGUCACAUCAGUGCCUUCCCUUCUCCCCAUCCCUACGAAUCGGAAUCGUCUUCGCGGACACACGAUUUCACGCAUUGCGAUGCCUCCUGAUCCUUCUACUCCCACUCCCGCCACCACAACCGAGCGGCCCUUGCCCCUGACUGCCUCUGUCACUCCUAGGUUGAAUAAUGCGAGCAUGAAAAUGUCUGGGCGUGAAAUGCCACAGAGCCAUGGAGCCGUGUUAUGAUCCGACGCCACUUGGAAAAAAAAAAACACCCAUCGUUUUUUAGGUGGAGCGGCCCCCCCAAAAAAAAUCAAAUGUUAAUGUCGCAUCCAGUAUCUAAGUUGGCCGCCUCCGCUUAGGUCCGGAGUCAAAAAUCCGCUCAUCCGCCCACUGGACGAAACAUCCUUUCCUUUUAUCUUCGCAUAGAGCCACUCACACGUUUGCAGCCACCCAACGAUUCAACGAUUCAGAACCAACUUCGCUGUCUCAUGAUGUUACUUUUUUGUGUUUCUUUCCGAUGGACGGACAAUCUUCGACCUUUCGAGCCGACUCGUCAACCAGAAAAAAAAAGGCACCCAAUUUUCUUCAU